UAGGACAGAGGGCUCAGUGAUUGCCAGAAGUAAUUACAUGGGAAGGUUAAGGGUCAUUAUCUGUUUAAAGAUUCAGAAUUUGUAAAUAAGUAGGGUUACAAUUUGCAUUUCUUUGUACAAUCUGUUAUUCAACUGGUGUAUACAACGUAUGCAAUGCUGUGUAAAUCGAUGGCACUGAGCUUCUUGCCCCUCUAGACCCCUAAAGCAGUUAUUGUCAAGUGUACAUAAUUUCUAAGGAAAACGGGGUGGCCAAAGGUUCUCGGAGUUAGACAUCAUGGCAAAUUCGGUCUCUGGUAUUGCUGUUCAUGAUGAAUGCAAGCUGAAAUUCCUGGAGCUAAAAGCAAAGAGGAAUUACAGAUAUAUUGUGUUCAAGAUCGAUGAUAUAUCCAAGCAAGUGGCAAUAGAGAAGCUCGGGAGUCAUGAUGAAACCUAUGAAGAUUUCACUAACAGCUUACCAGCUGAUCAGUGUCGAUAUGCUGUUUUCGAUUACGAUUUCACAACGGAAGAAAACUGCCAUAAAAGCAAGAUUUACUUCAUAGCAUGGUCUCCAGACACAUCAAAGAUCAGAGCUAAGAUGGUCUACGCAAGCUCCAAAGAUAGAUUCAAGAGAGAAUUAGAUGGUAUUCAGGUUGAGUUGCAAGCUACUGAUCCUAGUGAGAUGAGCUUGGAUGUCAUCAGAUCACGAGCUCUGUAGAUUCUCAAACAAUUUCACUUGCACCGCAAUUUUAGUUUCUAUUUACUAUUCGCUUGUUUGUUUGUUGGAUGGGGUGCAAGAAAUACUAGACUUCAGCCUCAGUUCAACUCUGAAGCAACAAUGCUACUUUUUGUUUUGGCUGACUUGAGAGAGGUUACAUUACAUCUAGUGUUAGUGGAGUAUGCUGUGUAAGCUACUAGUUGGAACUUCAUCUGUUUUGACUUGAUACUAGAUAUAUACACGCGUAGAGUGUUUAUUGCUCA